CACCCAUAAUGGAAUCACUUACCGCACCUCAACUAUAAACAGACUAUGAUUAUAAUGCCCUCAUGUAUAUAAAGAAUAUGCAGCCCGAUAGUGGCAUAUUCUUCAGACGUUGUUAGACGCUUUUACAGGAUGAGGAGAAGCAGAAUGCCUCUUGGGUGGGCCACCGUAUGGCUCUUCUUCUGCUUCGGACCACUGACAUCACGAUCUGUAAUUAUUGACACCAGCUCACUAAUGCAGAACAUAACAGAUGUGAGUCCGUUGCAUAACGGCCAGUUCUGCAGCACAUGGGGCAACCACCACUUCAAGACCUUCGACGGAGAUUUCUUCCAGUUUCCCUUCGCUUGCAACUACGUCCUGACGUCCCAUUGCAGGAGUGCCUACGAGGACUUCAACAUUCAGCUCUCGCGGCAGCAGCUGGACGGGGUGGCCUCCAUCAAGAGGGUCAUGAUGAGGCUGGACGGGGUCCUGGUGGAGCUGGCCAACACCACCCUCACCGUCGAUGACAAACAGAUCACGAUCCCCUUCAGCCAGUACGGCCUCUCCAUCCAGAGGAAGGGCUCCUACGUCCGCAUCGAAGCUAAGCUGGGUCUGGUUGUCAUGUGGAACGAAAACGACACUCUCUGGGUUGAAAUGGAUGAAAAAUACAUGAAUCAAACGUGCGGCCUGUGCGGCGACUACAACGGCGUCCAGCUCUACAACGAGUUCAUCAGUCACGGUGUGGUGAAGGGCACCCUCAACUAUGGGACUUCCUGGAAGGUCGACGCUCCCACCGAAACCUGCAUGGAAUCCCACCAGGAGCCCACCGCCUGUGCCGAUCAGACCAACCGGUGCAUGGAGCUCCUGUCAGAGCCCGCCUUCCUCAGCUGCCAGGACCUCCUCAACAUGGACGCCUUCGUGGAGGCCUGUGAGAAGGACCUCUGUCACUGUGGCAACGGAAGCACCUGCCUGUGUCCCACCAUGGCGGAGUUCUCCCGCCAGUGCGCCCAUGCUGGGGGGACGCCCCUGCCCUGGAAGACCGCCGAACUCUGCGCCGAUGAAUGCCCCUUCAACCUGGAGUACAUGGAGUGUGGCAACACCUGCAGGGCCACCUGCGCCCAGCCCGAGAGCAGCCAGCCGUGUGAGGAGCACUGUGAGAGUGGCUGCUUCUGCCCAGCCGGAACGGUGUUUGACGACGUCACUCAGAGUGGAUGUGUGGCUCUGCAGCAGUGCUACUGCCAACACAACGGGAAGGCCUACGGGCCCGGGGAGUCCUUCUCCGGACCAUGUCGCACAUGUACCUGUACCCUGGGCAAGUGGAGCUGUCAGGAGCACGAGUGUCCAGCCACCUGCUCCUUCCUGGGAGGAUCCCACAUCACCACCUACGAUGACAAAAGCUAUACCUUCCAUGGAGAAUGCACCUUUGUACUCUCCAAGGAUAUAAAUGGCAGUUAUAUAGUUCUAGGGGACAUUGCCAAAUUGAGUCAAACGGACACAGAGAGCCUGAUGGCCGUCACACUGCUGUACGGAGCAAAGAGGAAGAUUAAGAUCGAAUCUACUGGAAAGGUAUUUUAUAACGACCUGGCCCACGAGUUACCCCUCAACAUUGAUAACAUAACAGUCUUCAGGCCAUCAACCUUCUUCGUUGUUGUCCAUGCGGUCGACGGACUCCAGCUCGAGAUACAGAUAGUUCCAACAAUGCAACUCUACAUCAAAGUGGAUGUUUCCUAUAAAGGACAGCUACGAGGCUUAUGUGGAGACUUUAACGACGUGGAAGCAGACGACUUCAAGACAACCAACGGGAUGAUUGCGGGAACGGCUGCGACGUACGCCAACACGUGGAGAGCCCAGCCCAGCUGCCCUGAUGUCACCAACCGAAUCAGCAACCCCUGCAGUCUGAGUGUAGACAAAGAGAGAUACUCCAAUUACUGGUGUGCCUUGUUGUCCGACGCCAACGGUAUUUUCGCUCCGUGUCAUUCAGAGAUUGACCCAUCGGUUUACGAAGUUGCUUGCCUGCACGACACGUGUCUCUGUGAGAGGAGCGAGGACUGCAUGUGCGCCGCACUCUCCUCCUAUGUGCACGCGUGUAGGGCCGUGGGCGUGUCCCUCAAGGGGUGGCGGAACACCACCUGCACAAAAUACUCCAGCAGCUGCCCUGAGGGUUUGGUCUACUCCUACCGCCUGACCGGCUGCCAGCCGUCCUGCCUCGGCCUCAGCCAGCCCCAUGCGUCCUGCCAGGUGGCCUUCAGCCCGAUGGACGGAUGCGGCUGUGCUCCGGGGACCUACCUGAACGAGGAGGGCCGCUGUGUGCCCGCCUCGCAGUGCUGCUGCUACGAGGGGGACGUGGUGAUCCGCCCCGGACAGACACACUGGAAACAGGGAACCGCCUGCACCUGUAAGGACGGAGUGCAACAUUGUGUUGGCAAGGCAACGUCAUGUACGGCUCCCAUGGUGUUUUUCAACUGCUCGGGGCUCCAGCAAGGCGCCAGGGGGUCUGAAUGCCAAAAGAGUUGCAGGUCUGAGGACUCUGAAUGUAUCAGUGAUCGCUGCGUCUCGGGCUGCAUGUGUCCUGAAGGCUCACUGACUGACGGUGCAGGAGGCUGUGUCAAGGAGGACCUCUGUCCCUGUUUGUACAACAGUGUCUCCUACACGCCGGGACAGACGGUCAAGGUGGACUGCAAUACCUGUGAGUGCAGAGCGAGAAAAUGGGAAUGCACGACCCAUGAGUGUGACGGAAUCUGUACCAUCUACGGCGAUGGACAUUACAUCAGCUUUGACGAGAAGAAAUUCUCCUUCAACGGUGACUGUGGAUACACCUUCGCGCAGGAUUACUGUCAUGGUGAAAUGAGCAACGGGACGUUCCGGGUGGUCACGGAGAACAUACCGUGUGCAAGCAUCGACAGCACCUGCUCCAUGGCCAUCAAACUCUACCUUGGGAACACUGAGAUCUUGCUGUCUGAUGAAAAGAUUAAAGUUAUAAAACAGAGCCAUGAAGCAGAAAUACCGUAUCAGGUCCACAGCAUUGGGAUCUACCUGGUGAUCGAGGCCAAGAAUGGUCUCAUUCUCAUCUGGAACAAGAAGACCACGUUGAUGAUCAAGCUCAACCCCUCCUAUAAGGGACAACUAUGUGGUCUUUGUGGGAAUUAUGAUGGCAGUGUGAAGAACGAUUUCACCACCAGAAAUCAUGAGGUGGUGGCGGAAGCUGUUCAGUUUGGAAAUAGCUGGAAAGUGUCUCCUACUUGCCCCGACGUAGACGCUAUAAAGAGGCCAUGCCAGUUGUACUCCCACAGGCAGGCUUGGGCCCUGAAGCACUGCAGCAUCAUCGACAGUGAGGUCUUCGCUGCAUGUCACUCACAGGUGGAUCCCACAAACUAUUAUGACGCAUGCGUGAAAGACACGUGUGCUUGCAACUCUGGAGGAGACUGUGAAUGUUUCUGUUCAGCAGUGGAAGCAUAUGCAGCGGCCUGUAAUAGGGCUGGGGCCUGUGUGAGAUGGAGAACUCCCUCCAUUUGUCCCCUCUUCUGUGAUUUCUACAACCCCAUUGGCGAAUGUGAGUGGCACUACGAGCCGUGCGGUGACACAUGCCUGAAGACAUGCAAGAACCCCACAGCUACGUGCUCCAGUCAGAUCCCUGCAAUGGAAGGCUGCUAUCCGAGGUGCCCUCCUGAUCAGCCGUACUUGGAAGAGAGGACCAUGAAGUGUGUGUCCAAUCAGCAGUGUGGUUGCUAUGACAACAACGACAAACAUUACGAGGAAGGAGAUACCAUGCCCUCGGAGGGGAAUUGUAAAACAUGUCGGUGCUCAUCAACACAGAGAACGUGCAAAUAUGACGUGCAAGCUUGCAUCUGUAUAUACAAUGGGAAUAAGUACCAUUAUGGGGCAACAAUAUACAGCACACAUGAUGGCGAUGGGGCCUGUUUUACUGCUGUGUGUGAAGAAGGUGGACACAUCAACAGGACCUUAACAAUUUGUCCGUUCACUACUCCUACUCCGACAACUACAACCCAGGAACCUACAACUACAAUAUUUACUUUUUCAACAGCUGGAGUGAUCACCUUCACCACAACAGUGCCACCAACAUAUUCCACCCUAACAACAAUAGAACAGUCUACCACCCCAACAACUACAGAACAGCCUACCACCCCAACAACUACAGAACAGUCUACCACCCCAACAACAACUACAGAACAGUCUACCCCCCCAACAGAACAGUCUACCACCACCACAACAACUACAGAACAGUCUACCACCCCAACUACUACAGAACAGUCUACCACCCCAACAACAACUACAGAACAGUCUACCACCACAAAAACAACUACGAUACUGCCUACCACCCCAAGAACUACAGAACAGUCUACCACCCCAACAACUACAGAACAGUCUACCACCACAACAACAACUACAGAGCAGUCUACCACCCCAACAACCACAGAACAGUCUACCACCCCAACAACUACAGAACAGUCUACCACUUCAACAACAACAACAGAACAGCCUACCACCAUAACAACAACAACAGAACAGCCUACGACCCCAACAACAACAGAACAGUCUACCACAGCAUCAACAACAGAACAGCCACAUAUCAGCACUAGAACCAGUCAAGGACCAACCACCAUCCCAACAACUACGGAACAGUCAACCACCCCAACAACUACGGAACAGUCCACCACCCUAACAACUACUGAACAGUCUACCACUCAAGUCAAAACAACGACCACAUCGUUGACAACUACUCCUUAUGUCUGCCUGGUUUGUAAUUGGACAGCUUGGAAUAAUAAUCACUACCCUGAUAACAAUGGAGAUAACGAAACCAUUGAAUCAAUACCACAGAUAGACUUGAGCAGAUGCAAUUCAUCUUUAGAAAUACAAUGCAGGGCGUCACAGUAUAAGGAUGUUUCUUUGGAGGCACUAGGACAAAGGGUGACAUGUGACACAACAGUUGGUCUAGUUUGCCAAGCCAAGGACCAAAAACCUCCCCAUUGUCACGAUUAUGAGAUACGAGUUAAAUGUUGUGAGGACCAAUGUGAACAGCCUACCACCACAGCAACUACAGAACAGCCUACCACCCCAACAACUACAGAACAGUCUACCACCCCAACAACAACUACAGAACAAUCUACCCCCCCAACAACUACAGAACAGUCUACCACCCCAACAACUACAGAACAGUCUACCACCACCACAACAACUACAGAACAGUCUACCACCCCAACUACUACAGAACAGUCUACCACCCCAACAACAACUACAGAACAGUCUACCACCACAAAAACAACUACGAUACUGCCUACCACCCCAAGAACUACAGAACAGUCUACCACCCCAACAACUACGGAACAGUCUACCAGCACAACAACAACUACAGAGCAGUCUACCACCCCAACAACCACAGAACAGUCUACCACCCCAACAACUACAGAACAGUCACCCACCCCAACAACUACGGAACAGUCAACCACUACAACAACAACAGAACAGCCUACCACCACAACAACAACAACAGAACAGCCUACGACCCCAACAACAACAGAACAGUCUACCACAGCAUCAACAACAGAACAGCCACAUAUCAGCACUAGAACCAGUCAAGGACCAUCCACCAUCCCAACAACUACGGAACAGUCUACCACCCCAACAACACCUACAGAACAGUCUACCCCUCCAACAACUACAGAACAGUCUACCACCCCAACAACUACAGAACAGUCUACCACCCCAACUACUACAGAACAGUCUACCACCACCACAACAACUACAGAACAGUCUACCACCCCAACAACAACUACAGAACAGCCUACCACCCCAACUACUACAGAACAGUCUACGACCCCAACCACCCCAACAACAACUACAGAGGAGUCUACCACCACAAAAACAACUACGAUACUGCCUACCACCCCAAGAACUACAGAACAGUCUACCACCCCAACAACUACAGAACAGUCUACCACCACCACAACAACAACUACAGAGCAGUCUACCACCCCAACAACCACAGAACAGUCUACCACCCCAACAACUACAGAACAGUCUACCACUUCAACAACAACAACAGAACAGCCUACCACCAUAACAACAACAACAACAGAACAGCCUACGACCCCAACAACCACAGAACAGUCUACCCCCCCAACAACUACAGAACAGUCUACCACUUCAACAACAACAACAACAGAACAGCCUACCACCAUAACAACAACAACAGAACAGCCUACGACCCCAACAACAACAGAACAGUCUACCACAGCAUCAACAACAGAACAGCCACAUAUCAGCACUAGAACCAGUCAAGGACCAACCACCAUCCCAACAACUACGGAACAGUCAACCACUACAAUAACAACAGAACAGCCUACCACCGCAACAACAACAACAACAGAACAGCCUACGACCCCAACAACAACAGAACAGUUUACCACAGCAUCAACAACAGAACGGCCACAUAUCAGCACUAGAACCAAUACUUACAUCUACAAUAAGACCGAUGGAAGCGGUUGGUGCUUCACGUCCUUCUGCAAUCUUGGAGAGAAGUGGCAAACUGGUUGCCAGGAGUGUGUCUGUAGUCAGAACACCUAUGAGGUUCAGUGUGUCAACAUCACUUGUGAGGUGCAAGAGCCUGUGCCCUGCGACCAGCCGGGGGAGGAGCUUGUGACGAUCAGUGUGGACUGCUGUGACGUGUUCGAGUGUCCCUUCCACAACCUGGUCACCUCCAGGCAAUAA